AAAUGGGUGGGACGUGACAGCGGCUAUAAGUUAUAAGCUUUAGUUUUCUGGUACGUUGACGCUUUGACCUUUUGACGCGCUUCACGCGCACCCUUUGUCUCCAGCACAGCUUUCUGCACCUCCAGUUUGGAAACCCUCAUUUUCCUUCUACAAUGGCAGCGAUUGGAAACCGUGGAACCGUGAAGGAGGCGGCUGGUUUCAAUGCAGAAGCAGACUCCCAGAGUCUCAGAGAAGCCAUGAAGGGAACAGGCACUAAUGAGGACGCCAUCACCGAGGUCCUGGCACACCGUACGGUUGCCCAGAGGCAGCGCAUCAAAGAGGCCUACAAACAAACAGUGGGGAAGGACCUGGCUGAUGAUCUGUCCUCAGAGCUGAGUGGGAACUACUGCAGCGUCGUUCUGGGUCUGCUGAUGCUGGCGCCGGUGUACGACGCCUACGAGCUGAAAAGUGCAAUGAAGGGGGCUGGAACUGAGGAGGCCGGUCUUAUCGAUAUUCUGGCUUCAAGGACAAACGCUGAAAUACAAACCAUCAAUGCGAUCUUCAAGAAAGAAUAUGGAAAAGACUUGGAAGACGCUGUGUGUGGAGACACGUCAGGAAUGUUCCAGAGGGUUUUGGUCUCUUUAAUGACGGCUGGCCGCGAUGAGAGCGACAAAGUGGACGAGGCCCAGGCGGUCCUCGAUGCCAAGGAAAUCUUUGAGGCUGGCGAAGCACGAUGGGGCACGGACGAGGUGAAAUUCCUCACGGUGCUUUGUGUGAGAAACCAAAAACAUCUGCUGCGAGUGUUCGCGGAGUAUCAGAGGAUUUCUGGGAGAGACAUUGAGGACAGCAUUAAGAGGGAGAUGUCCGGAUGUCUGGAGGACAUCUUUCUGGCAAUAGUGAAAAGCUUAAGGAACAAGCCAGCCUUCUUUGCGGAGCGAUUAUACAAAUCGAUGAAGGGGCUGGGCACUACAGAUAAUGUCCUCAUCAGAAUAAUGGUUGCGCGGGCGGAGAUCGACAUGUUGGACAUUAAGGAGCAGUUCCUGAAGAUGUAUGGCAAAACCCUCUACUCCUUCAUCAAGGGAGACACAUCUGGUGACUACCGCAAAAUCCUGCUGGAGCUGUGUGGAGGAGAGUGAAGGACAUCAGAAAGACGUGCAGCUCUCUUUAUUUCACAUGAUGAGCUAUUAUUCUGUUUCCUCUAUCUUCCUUUCUCCUCCACGGCCUUCACAUUUCACGGCUUGAACGUGCCUUGUUUCACCGUUUGACCUUUAUUACCAAUUAAACCAAAGACCAGUGACCUUUUCA